AUGAUUUUAUCUGUCGUGCAAAGAGCCAAAAAACACACUUCCGAGCUAUGGGCGAUCCGAAAUCAUCUCCGCAUCGAAGCCUGUGCCUUUUUCUUCUUCCUUUCCGGCUUCCUGUUGAUCAUCGGAAUGUCUGUGUUCGAGUUGGAGAAAGCUUGUCGUGUCAAUUUACGUCUUGAACCGCAAAUUUGCGACAAUUUGAACAACAUUCCGUACAAAGAAAUGUGCGUCUUGCUGGAAAACGACAAAUUUCUCUUCCAAAAUGGCGGAAAUUCCACUGACGAGUUGCGAUUUUUGCUGGAAAAUGUUCAAGCUAAAGGUCACAAUGUCAAAGGAUUGUCAGAGUUGGUGCUGAUUCACAAAGUUUGCGAAGCCGAAGAGGAAAGUCAAAAGUUGAUAUCGAAAAUGUACGCGAUUCGAUCACCAAUUGCUACUAUUUUCAUCCUUUUGAUUGUUCUUUUCGCGGGAAGUUGGAGCGACAAACAUGACAUCCGAAAAGCUUUUAUUUUGGUACCUUUUAUCGGGGAAAUUCUCGCUUCUGUGAUAAAUGUCGUGUCAGCCAUUUACAUGAACCACAUUCCUGCUGAUUACGUAAUUUAUGGCGGGAAAAUCAUUCCGUCAAUUUUUGGCGGGCAAACUUUGUUUAUGAUCGGUGUGCAUAGUUACAUGACUGUUACAACCACGGAGGAGCACAGAACCUUCAGAAUUGGCGUUUAUAGCAUGUUUUUCACAUUUUUAGGGAUUUUUGCAUCACCUUUGAGUGGAUUUCUCUUUGAAAUGCUGAACUACGUUGAACUUUUCUCGUUAUGUUUGACAAUUCAAACGAUUGGAUUUUUCUUUGUAAUAUUUUGUUUGCCGGAAGUGAAGGCAGAAGAUACUAAAAGUGAAAAAUCCGAAAAAUCUCUGUCUCUUAAAGAGCUUUGCAAAGAUUUCUUUGAUCCAUCUCACAUCAUAGACGCCUUUUCCGUAUUAAAAAAGCCUCGCGAAGGAAAUUUCCGUAAAACGCUCAUCUUUGUAAUCAUUUGUAACACUUUAUUUUUCGCGACAAUCGGUGAAGAAGGACUUAUAAUCCUCUUUACGCGAAAACAGCUCAACUGGACCAUUGAGUUUAGUAUUUUUGUCAUGUACUUGACAGCGGUGAAUCUCAUCGGAACGGGAAUUUCCACACUUUUCUUCGCCAAAUUGAUGAAAAUGUCUGAUCCAGUGCUCGGAAUUAUCUCAACGAUUGGCACAAUAAUCGGAAAUCCAGUUCUCGCAUUUUCGAAGACAAAUUUGAUGAUUUAUACCUCAGGAACGAUCGAUAUUUUCUUCCAAGCGAGAUAUAUUGCGGUAAAGAGCAUGUUAUCGAAACUCGUGGAAAAGAAUGAACUUGGGAGAGUUUAUUCGGUGCUGGGAGUCACGGAAAAUAUUGAUUCUAUUAUUUUUACGCCAGUUUAUAGCUUGAUAUAUUACAAAACUUUGGAUUUUAUGCCAGGAGCUUUCUUUUUGUUUAGUGAAAUUUUCCUUGUGGGGGCGCUGUUUGUGUUUGGAUAUUUGGUGAUCUUAACAAGGAACAAUAAUUCAGAAGAGCCUAAGGAUCAAAAUAAAUCUGGAGAAAAAGAUCCAAAAGAAGCUUAA